GCAGAGCACAAAAGGUACCCUGUGAAGCAAAACAAACAAGCAGAAGCACACCUGGUCCUCUGCUAAAGGUGUUGCCAAAGUGCAGCCAAGUAGCCUCAUUUCCCUAGGAGGUGAACUUCCUCCUGCAGGGGAAUCCCUGACGAGGAGGAGCAGAGGUUCUUCCUCUUGGAAGCCCGGGACCUUCAGCAGGUGCUGGCACCAGCCCGGGUUCAGAACCCGGAUGGAAGGUGGCCAGAAGGGGAGCUCAGAGCCAGUAGGCAAGACUGCCAAGGGCUGGGUACCUGGGAACCUGGCUCCCUGGGACCCUUGAGGAGUCCUGCAGUGGCUGGGGGCUUAGGGCUCCUUCUGUGUCUCUGUCCAGAGAACCUUAUGUAAGAACUUUUCUUGGGAAACAGGAAGUCCUGAUUGCCAAGUUCAGUACAGGGAGUAGAGCAGGCCUCGUUCCAAUACACCCAGCCCAGCCUUAACCCCAGCACUCAGCCAGUUUCUUGUCCCUGGUUCUCCUCCCCAUGGGGCCCCCUAUGCUCCCCCCCUUUUUUUUUUCACGUUCAGUGACCCCCUAGCAAACGUCCCCAGGGAUCUCUCCCUCGCCUGAGCCAGAGGGUCUUCCACUCUCAUUCCCCAGCCCUCAGUACUACGCAGACUGUCCCCAUCCCUGCUCCUGGCACCAUGCCCCAUUACAGCCAACCUUCCCUCCCCCAGCUCUGGGGCCGCCCCUGGGCUCUUGAGUGCUGGCCGCUCCUGCUGGGUGUCAUUGGCAGCCCUGUCCUUCCUAGAGAGAUUGGGACCAAAUGCUCCUGAGGCUGGUGCGGAGGGUCUUGGGCUAACACUAGCUCCACAGUGGUGUGUCAGGAGCACCGAUUGUACCCCUAGCUUGCUUUCUUCCUCCCUCCUUUUAAUAUUCAAGUUCCUUUUUAUUUCUCCCUUGCGUAACACCCUCUUCCCUUCUGCACCAUUGCCUGUACCACCUCCCCCGGCCCCCGCCCCCUUCUGGCCAACCCAUUCCUGAGGUGACGGCUGUUGGCGGGGUCCCCAGCUCAUGCCAACCUCAUCUCCAGACAGCAUGGGGGGCCCCGUCCGAGAGCCGGCACUCUCAGUUGCUCUCUGGUUGAGUUGGGGGGCAGCCCUGGGGGCCAUGGCUUGUGCCAUUGCAUUGCUGAGCCAACAAACGGAGCUGCAAAGCCUAAGGAGGGAGGUGAGCCGGCUACAGAGGAGCAGAGGGUCUUCCCAGAAGCAGGGAGCGCUUCUCUGCGAGAGUCCCCGGGAACAGAGGCCUGCUGCCCGCGAAGCCUGGGAGAACGGGGAGCGAUCUCGGAGGAGGAGAGCGGUGCUUGCCCCGAAGUGGAAGAAGAAGCACUCAGUCCUGCACCUUGUCCCCAUUAACAUCACCUCCAAGGUGGACUCUGAUGUGACAGAGGUGAUGUGGCAACCAGCUCUUAGGCGUGGGAGAGGCCUGGAGGCCCGAGGAUACGUUGUCCGAGUUUGGGACGCUGGAAUUUAUCUGCUAUAUAGUCAGGUCCUGUUUCAUGAUGUGACUUUCACCAUGGGCCAGGUGGUGUCUCGGGAAGGCCAGGGAGCACAAGAGACUCUAUUCCGAUGUAUACGCAGUAUGCCUUCUGAUCCUGCCCGGGCCUACAAUAGCUGCUACAGUGCGGGUGUCUUUCAUUUACACAAAGGAGAUAUUCUCAGUGUCACGAUUCCCCGGGCAAACGCAAAACUUAGCCUAUCUCCGCAUGGAACGUUCCUAGGGUUUGUAAAGCUGUGACUGCGCCGUCAAAGGCGGCUCUGUGCUGGGCAGACCAGGGCGGUGACAGGCUGGGGGCAGCCAAGACCCGGCCAGACAAAGGGAAGGGAAGGAGCGAGACCAGAAACCUCUACUUGGGUGUGACCUCAUAGCUUUUUGUUCCUCCUUCCCCACUUCCGAGACUUUGA